AUGUUGCUGUCAGCUUCUUUAGAGAACUCCUUUUGGACUAUUCAAAUACCCUUCUCUGAGGAAGUUAAACACUGGGCUUUAGGUAUUUCUGUGUUUCUUUUUCUUAUUGCCAUCUGUAUACUAAUAUGGCAAAUUCAACGAUACUGCACACAACUGACUGCUCCCCAGCAUGCUGUUAAUGGCUCACUGAUAAACAGCCAGUCUGCAAAAAAUGAAACAUUUCAGAGUUUACAGAUACCCAACCAUCAGCUGUGUUUCCAUCAUGAUGAGGGUUCUUUAAGUUCUUCUGAUCUGAACAGCAGUACAGAUAGCAGUCUCGGGGAUGUGGAUGAGGAACAUGUUCAGGGCACUCUGCGCUUCUCACUUUGCUAUAAUCAGCUGCAAUCUAAGUUGGUCGUGACUGUAUUGGAGGCAAGAGGCCUGGCGGGACGACCAUUCAGACAGUGUUUAGACACCAUUGUCCAUGUACGAGUGCUAUGGGUAUCAAUGGAGGAUGAGAAGCAACAGCUGACUUGUGUUCUUCAGGAGUGGCAGACACACCCAGUCAAGGACAGUUGCAACCCUAAAUUUGGGGAUCGGUUCUCCUGCACAGUUACUGAGGAGGAAGUGGCGAGGGUCACACUGCGGCUGGAGGUGAGAGACUUUGAUAAAUACUCCAGACAUUGUAUUCUGGGGGAGGUUCGUGCAUCACUUAAGGGGCUAAAACUCCUUUAUCCAUUGGAAAUUUUUGAAGACCUACAAAAACCAAAAAAAGAUAUUGUUGGUGAGGUUCUUCUGUCUCUGAAAUAUAUGCCUACGUCUCAUAGACUAGAGGUCGGAGUCCUGAAGAUCAGGACGAUUUUCCGAUCUUGUAAAGUUGAACGAGGUUUAUAUGGCAGGACCAAAAUUGUGUGUAACCAGCGUAGAAUUCGACAUCAGAGAACCUCAGAGAAGACGCGCUUGGAAGUGACUGUGUUUAAUGAGGUCCUGAUUUUCACACUACCAGAAGCUCAGAUUAGGGAAUGUGUCCUCAUUUUGUCUGUCUACGAGGUCUGUCGCCGAAAAAGGUCUAAGCGUCUAAUUGGUCAGCUAAGCUUUGGGAAGAACCAAGGUGUGGAGGAUGAACACUGGAAGCUAAUGAUGAGCGCACUUAGACAGUCAGUAGCCAAAUGGCAUUUGCUCUACUUAUAAAAAUGUCAACAUUAUGGAUUUGGUCUUUGGACUGUAGAAAGAAACCCACCAAGCACUGGGAGACUGUGCACACAGACCAUGCACACAGACCUGGACGGGAAUUGAAUCUGGACCCUGGAGGUGCAAGUUGACAGUGCUAGUCACUAAGCCACGGUGCCGCCGAAAAGAACAAUAAAAUCUUUAAACAUGUUGGCAAAAACAAGGAACAUUAGACAACUGGGAGAACAUUUAUGACCCCUUAGCUGAUUGGCACCAGGUGUUGCUGGUCAUGAAGUUGAACAGUUUUUUGAUCAUGCUGAAGUGAUGAGCAGGUAAUGAGAAUGGUGGACUCAAUAGAGACAUUGUACAUUAGCUAUAUAAAAUUAUGUAUGAUAUCAGACAUUUUCUAAAUUGAAAAAUGGUGAGUUAAAAACCACUGUAAAUAAAGUAACUGCUGUUGAACAUCUAAAGAACUCUUCACCCAUGCAUACAGUCUCAUGCCAGCAGUGCCUCUGUGACUUGAUGCUAAAAUGAUUGACAAAAGUGUUUUUGCUAAUCCAUGAAACCCCUUCCCAUCUUCAGAUAUUAAGGACAUGUAUUUUUAUUUCUACAUUAAUUUCUGUGACACUAC